AUGAGUUUUGACUUGAAUGCUGACAAUCCUGAUGACCCGUUUGGAGUCUUUGAUGAUGAACUUCCUGAUGAUGGCAUGAUGGAGGACGACGAUAACGACUCUAGCACUGAUGAUCACGAAGACGAUGAAGAUGAAGAUGAUGAAGACUAUGAGGAUGAUGAGGACGACGAAGAUGAUGAUGAGACAUCACCAGGUCGACUUUUGGAAGACCUGGAGAGUGAACUGAACCUCUUGACCCUCGAUGCUGAAACGAUCCUCUCGCGCCAGCCUCGAGCGACGCAACUCCAAAUGACCGUUAACACGCGCAAAAUCUUCGAAGACUACAAGCAACAUGGCUCAAUGGCACGGCUCAAACGUGGCAUCGAGCAGUUCUUCGCGCGUGAGGACGUCCGUAAGGGAAAGAAGCUAGAAUACGCGACUCUAGAAGAGGAAGAGGCCAACACUGACCCAGGCCAUUUUGGCGAAGUGUUCAUGGUCAACGACACGGCCGACGAUGACGUGCCGAAGUUCGUCGACGGUGCCACCCGCACUUACAACACCAUCUACGGACCCAGAUCGAAAGUCAACAAAUUCCACAGCGUGGACCCGGACUACGCCGCCCUCGUCGCAACCAUGCCCUGGGACCCUGUUGCAACCGUCCUCAAAUGGCCUGGCGCGACGCGCUGGCUUCCCGGAGUCCUCGGCGGCAUCGACAAGAUCUUCAGUCUCGUCGACUACGAGUCGCGCGUGCGCCUCUUCCACCACGUGUCAAGGUACGGCCCGUCGCCGAUCUUCCGGCUCGGCAUCACCGAGCACGUGCGCAGCCUGUACUCCACCAUCCUCGAGACGUCACACGACAACUACCUUGGCCUGACUCCGGAGACGCGGACGUUUCUGCGCUCUGUUUUUGGGUCCAUGCCUGGCAAGCCCAACGCAGUCGAAAUCACGAUGCUCGCGCAGACGUGCCGGAUUGGAGAAGACUCGGUGAGGAUCUUCUGGGAGGACUUUUACACAUCUCGACGAGGAUACACUGCGAUGAAGAUCUUCAUGACGGCGAGGGAGAUUGAAAAGUCCAAAGAAGCAUGGGCAGUGAAUCAUACUGCUGGCCAACAUCCUGUGUGGAAGCACUUUAAGAAGCGGGAGGGCCAACAGCAGGGACAUCAGACCAUCCCAAAUUCACUGCGAUGA